UAAUUAAAUGUAUUACUAUAUCAGGUACUGAGGUACUUAACACUUAACGAAGAUUAUAAACCUAGAACAACGAUGUAGAACUGUAGAAGAUAUUUCUAUUCUCUUAUUUUUCUUUCUCAACAAUUCGAGUACUGAAGAUCACUACAGGAGUACCUAUCAACUAUUAAGUAAACAGAACUAAAAAAUCAAACUAAAAUUGAAAAUAGAUAAGGUUUUUGUACUUAUUUUGAUAACAUGAUUGAAUGUAUUAUGUUAUUUUUCACGGCAGCUUGGUUGAUUGUUAUUCUAAUUUAAUUGAAUAAUUAAUCGUACAAAACCAAAUUAAUUUUUACAGCUCUAGUCAAUACUCUCUAUAAAUUAUAUGUAUUAAUAUAUUUUGUGACUACAUUAGAAAUAAUGGAUGUGUCAUCAAACCCAACAACUUCUCAAGCAAAUGAAACUGAAAAUCAGUAUCCAGAAGUAAGAGUUCGUCAAAAUCCACAUAUUCAUAAUGUGCGUGAUGGAAAUCAAACUGAACAUAGACCACCCCAUAAUUGGAGAACAAGUAUUAAAAAGGAUGAAAAGCUGAAUAUCUGUCGUAUAUAUUAUAUCGCAGGGUUUUUCUUGUUGCCGUUUUUUUGGUUGGUAAAUUUUGUAUGGCAUUAUAAUGAUGCUUAUCUAGCUGAACCAUUCGAAGAACAGCCUCAAUUUAAACGUUAUGUUUUAAGAUCUGGUAUUGGCUUUAUUUUCUGGUCUGUGUUAAUUAUUGGUUGGGUGUUUUACUUUCAAACGCAAAGGAAUUAUUAUAACUGGGACUAUUUAACAUUCAAUUUCCCUACUGGAUCUGCUUAAUUUGUGGAAGUAAACUAUUCUCCAUUACUUAAGUAUUUUAAUUUUAUACCUAAUGAUUAAUAACUAUUAAUAUAAAAAAUAAAAAAUAAUGUUGGUAUGACUUGCAUGACAAAAAAUAUUAUUAAUUUUUAAUUACAUACCUGUUAAAAUUGUAGAUCAAGUAUUGUUGUUACUUAUUGUAAAUUGUAUGUAAUUAUAACUUAUGAUUUGUAUCUUAAAUAAAAAAUAUAUUGAAUUCAAUGCA